GCGCAAGCGUUGGACCUUGUCGGCUUAACGCUGGUACAGUUAGCACCAAUGCAGAAGUCAACCCGUUCUCAGAAUCUCUACCGGCAACGUGAAAAUUUCAAUCCAAACCUAAAAAUUGUUGCUACCUAGUUAUUUGGCUAAAGUCCGUAAAAUAUUUGCAGCUAAUCUUUUGUUGCAGAAUUAUAAGCAGAGUUUUGCUAUAAUAAUCCCUCAAGUGCUUUUGUGCACUUAUAACUUCGCCAGCGUUUUUGUUACCGUCAGCUGCGGCAGGUGUGCACCACAAGUUCGCAACGCAACAGUUGGUAUUUGCCCUACUUUGUUUGAAAAAUGUGCGGAAUUUGGGGAUUAUUUGGAUCACCUCAUCCAGACGUUUUCAAGUAUUUGGAAGCGUGUCUACGCAUUAAACAUCGCGGACCAGAUGCAUUUCGGAUUGAAGGUGACCAUCACUUGCCACAUUCAUGUCUGGCAUUCCAUCGUUUAUGCAUUAUGGAUGACCUGCACGGGAUGCAGCCACUGCGGUUGCGCAAAUUCCCUUAUUUGUAUCUGAUUUACAAUGGGGAAAUCUACAACUUCCGAGUGCUCCAAGAUGACUUCAAAUUCAUCUAUGAAACUUCCUUAGACGGAGAAGUUCUUUUGCAUUUGUACGAUAAAGGUGGAAUCGAACUGUGUGCCGAACAGCUGGACGGCGAAUUUGCCUUCUGUCUGAUCGAUACACAGAAGAAAAAGAUCUUCGUGGGUCGCGACACGUAUGGUGUGCGACCGGCAUUCAAAAUGGUCAUCCCGAAGAAAGGCAUUCUCGGGGUAUCAUCGGAAGCGAAAGGUUUGGUGGAAUUGGCCAAAAAGGAUGAAUAUGCCGGCUCCCAGAUUGAGCCCAUAAAGCCCGGACAUGUGGAGACGUACAAUGUGAACGAGCAAGGAUUUGUGCAUCUGCAUGAAUCAAAGGCAUUUUCGCGGACCGGCGAAAUGCCGAAAUACCGGACACUUGUGUCAAAACUGACGGACGACGUGCUGAAAAACAUUCAGAAUUUGUUGGUGGCCGCUGUACGGAAACGUCUGAUGUCGCAUCGUCGUAUUGGGUGUUUCCUAUCCGGUGGACUGGAUUCCAGCUUAGUGGCGGCCAUUCUGGUUAAAGAAGCGCGGGAAGGAGGCAUUUCAUAUCCCAUUCAAACCUUCGCCAUUGGCAUGGAAGGCAGCACCGAUCUUAUUGCUGCGCGAAAAGUAGCCAAACACAUUCAGUCCGAACACCAUGAAGUGGUUUUUACACCGGAAGAAGGCACCCGGGCAGUGGACGAUGUCAUAUAUCAUUUGGAAAGCUACGACAUAACAACAGUUCGAGCUUCAGUCGGAAUGUAUUUGAUAUCGAAGUAUGUCCGGGAAAAAACCGACACCGUGGUCAUGUACUCGGGCGAAGGCUCGGAUGAGGUGGCGCAGGGCUACAUUUACUUCCAUAAAGCGCCCACACCGGCAGCUGGUCAUACAGAGAGUAUCCGUCUGAUGGAUGACCUUUACAUGUACGAUGUACUGCGCGCCGAUCGCACCACGGCUGCUCAUGGCCUGGAACUGCGUCCGCCCUUCUUGGACCAUCAGUUUGCUGCUUACUAUUUGUCCCUACCGGAAGAACUGCGCGUGCCCAAAGAUGGUAUAGAAAAACAUCUGCUGCGCAGCGCAUUCGACGGCACGGAUCUGCUUCCGCAUGAAAUUCUCUGGCGGCCGAAAGAAGCUUUCAGUGAUGGCGUAUCCUCCAUGACCAAAUCAUGGUUUCAGAUUCUGCAAGAAUUCACCGCUGACUUGGUUAGCGACGAUGAGUUUGCCCAAAGAGCAAAAAUGUUUCCGCAUCUGACUCCGGCAACAAAGGAAGCUUUCUACUACCGGAAAGUGUUUAACAGACAUUAUCCUGGGAGAGAAAAAUGGAUUCCAUACUUCUGGAUGCCCAAGUGGACGGACGCCACGGAUCCAUCGGCGAGGACACUGAACAACUACAAGCCAAAUUAAAUGCUGGAAGACCAUUGAUUAAGGAAGCGCCGUCCGAAAAACCACAAAGAUUCUUUUUGACACAGCGCACCUGCAUACUUUAUCCGCUCUCUCUUAUAUAUGCUGUCUGCCGUCUCUCUCAUUCUCUGGAUGAUCGCGUAACAUAACUUGACCGCAAAGUGACAACUGUUCUGUUCAUCCUCACCUGCGCCAUUUACGUAAGGCGCGAUCAUAUUCAUUUAUUCCUCGUCAAUCUUAUGCCAUAUACUUAGAUCGAUUCGUCUCCCUGAAAGCCGCUUAAGUAGAUUGCAAAUAUGCUUCUGUUUUGUAGCAUGUUUAGAGGGCUUAAGUAUCAUCAUUAUCUCUUGCAAUAAUUGUGAUGUAAGCGCCAUCCAUAUGUAUGUGCCGGGACGCCGGUCGGGUAUGAUUAGCCGUCGGUAAAUGCAUCCAGCGUCUUCCUUAGACACUGCACACGACCAGUAUUUAAUCAUCAGUUAAUCCCUGACAACACGUCAACUGUCUAACGUGUGCCGGCUUUCAAUGGCUGCUGGCAGUUUGUCCUUUGUUGCAAGUUUGUCAUUGUUUUUGCAUUUUGCAAGACUUUUCUCUGCCUUAAGUUACAUAUAUCGG